AUGCCCUUGCACCACAAGGUUGGAGUGGCCGGUUUCGGCCUGAAGGAGUCAUGUUCGAUCCCGCUCCAGGAAAGUGUUUCGCAAGCAGGGCCCGGGCUGCCGCGUUCUUGGGGUUAUGGACAGGCUGGAUCGAUUGGCAGCCAUGAUCAGCAGCAUACAGAACGACCUCCUACAAGAGCUACAGACGCCAGCAUUCACGAUGGUCUGCGUGUUGUUGGAAGACAUGGCAGUCCGGGUGCAUUGCGAAACAGCACAUCGCGGAGUAGUAGAUCGUGGAUGAGCAUUACCCGAGGCACCGGUUUGGUCUCGGACAACGGUCACAGAGCAUUCGUGGGCAUCCCGAGGAUAGUGCUGCUUGCAGAACUGGAGGAGAGUGGUCACACCAAUCAUCGAUCAUCAAAGAAGACUCACCUUCAAGUGACAAUUGUACUCCAAUCUCGGGCAAGUCCAUCGCGGAUUCGCGGUAACGGCGUGAACGAGAAGCUGUGCUCCAAGAGCCGCGACUUCGCCAUGAACAUCAUCGAAACUCUUUUCGGAAGGACCGUAACGCCGGCUGAACGCCUGCGGCAACAUCAGCGGGCAUUGGCCAAGGCGCAGCGGGAACUCGAUCGAGAACGCAUGAAGCUAGAGCAGCAGGAGAAGAAGCUGGUUGCGGAUAUCAAAAAGAGCGCAAAGUCCGGACAGUUGAAUGCUUGCAAGAUCAUGGCCAAGGAUCUUGUCCGCACCAGGCGUUAUGUGCAGAAGUUCUAUCAGAUGCGCACUCAGCUACAAGCAGUCGGCCUUCGUAUCCAAACCUUGCGAAGCAACCAGCAGAUGGCUGAAGCAAUGCGAGGUGCCACCAGGGCAAUGGCAUCCAUGAAUCGCGGAUUGAAUCUACCGCAAAUUCAGAAGAUCAUGAACGAAUUUGAGAAGGAAAGUUCAAUGAUGGAUAUGAAGGAAGAGAUGAUGUCGGACGCCGUGGACGAUGUUAUGGAAGACGAUCUGGAGGAUGAAGAAGAAGAAGGCGAUAAGAUCCUCAAGGAGGUGUUGGAUGAGAUCGGUGUUGAUUUGUCUCAGCAGCUCACGGAUGCGCCUACCGGGGUCGGCGCCGUAGCAUCGCCUCUCACCGAGCGGAGACAAGCAGUCGCGAUGGGUGAGUCUGCGGUACCACCUGCCAGUCAACGCAACGAUGUACCAGGAGGCGGCCUGUCCGACGAGGACGCGCUCCAAGCGCGCUUGGACGCACUGCGAAGGUGA